AAUUGAAAUUACAUCAGAAAAUGACAAGUUAUCUAGUAGUUCUUUAUCUAAAUCCAGCAUGUUAAAAAAUACUCACUCUCCUUUUAAAAUCAAUACUACAAUAACUAUGAGCUCCAUGUAUGAAAUUAACAAAAUACUUGAAACAAGCUCAGCACUAGACAUUGGCUUCAUACCAACUAUGAACUCGACAAGCAGAUCUACAAACGUCACUCAGCCAAAUUCCAGAAAUUCUACUAACAGCUUACCGUCUAUUGCAUCCUUACCUGAAACAAUCACUGCACCAAAUAGUAGAUUCUCAUUUGCAAAUACUGGUGUUCUAGGACCUACCUCUUUUCUAACUAAAAUGAGAUCCAUAACUGAGGAUAACUCUGCAUCAACUAGCAGCAAAAUGACUGAACCAAUAAAUACCCCAGGCUUCCGUAUUUCUUCUAAAACAUUCACUUUUAAAGAUGAGAAUCCUACAAAUAGAGUUAGCAGCCUGCAAUCUACCAGUCCCUCAUCUGAUUCCAACACUGCAACACAAAUGGAUGGCACAAUUGAAAUUACAUCAGAAAAUGACAAGUUAUCUAGUAGUUCUUUAUCUAAAUCCAGCAUGUUAAAAAAUACUCACUCUCCUUUUAAAAUCAAUGCUACAAUACCUAUGAGCUCUACAUCUGAAAUUAACAGAAUACCCCAUACAAGUUUACUGGACAUUGAUAUUAUACCAACUACGCACUCUGGUAUCAGCAGAUCUACAAAAGUCACUCUGCCAAAUUCCAGAAAUUCUACUAAAAGCUCACAAUCUAUUGAACCCACAGAUUCCAACAGAUUUAUAACUGUGGAUAACUCUGCAUUAACUAGCAGCAAAAUGACCAAACCAACUAUUAGCCCAGACAUCAGUACUUCAUCUAAAACAUUCACUUUCAUAAAUGAGAGUCUUACAAAUAGAGUUAGCAGCCUGCAAUCUACCAGUCCCUCAUCCGAUCCCAACAAUGCGCAAAAAAUGAGUGGAAGGAUUGAAACGGCAACAGAAAUUGACAACAUACCAUCUAGUAAUUCUAAAGCUGAAUCCAGUAUGUUACAAACUACUCACUCUCCAUUUAAAAUCAAUACUACAAUAACUAUGAGCUCCAUGUAUGAAAUUAACAAAAUACUUGAAACAAGCUCAGCACUAGACGUUGGCUUCAUACCAACUAUGAACUCCACAAGCCGCAGAUCUACAAAAGUCACUCAGCCAAAUUCCAGAAAUUCUUCUAGCAGCAUACCAUCUAUUGCAUCCUUACCUGAAACAAGCACUGCACCAAAUAGUAAAUUUUCAUUUGCAAAUACUGGUGUUCUAGGACCUACCUCUUUUCUAACUAAAAUGAGAUCCAUAACUGAGGAUAACUCUGCAUCAACUAGCAGCAAAAUGACUGAACCAACAAAUACCCCAGGCUUUCAUACUUCUUCUAAAACAUUUACUUUUAGAGAUAAGAAUCCUACAAAUAAUGUUAGCAGCCUGCAAUCUACCAGUCCCUCAUCUGAUUCUAAAACUGCACCAAAAAUGGAUGGCACAAUUGAAAUUACAUCAGAAAAUGACAACAUGCUAUCUAGUAGUUCUUUAUCUGAAUUCAGCAAACUGAGGAUAACUGAGGAUAGCUCUGCAUCAACUAGCAGCAAAAUGACUGAACCAACUAUUACCCCAGACUCCAGUACUUCUAAAACAUUCACAUUCAUAUAUAAAAGUCUGACAAGUAAUGUUAGCAGAGUGCAAUCUACCAGUCUUUCAUCUGAUACCAACACUGCACCAAAAAUGGAUGGCACCACUGAAGUUACCACUUUACAUGCUACUAAAUCUGUCUUUGAAAGUAGCAAUUUAAAAAAUAUUAGCAUUCAGUCUCGAAACAGCACUGCAGUAACAAAAAGCUUUACACGUGAAUACAGAACUGAACUACUAACCGUAUCUUCAUCUCAAAAUAUAAAAUCCAUUGAUAUAAAUAUUUUUCCAACUAUGGGCCCAUUACAGACCAACCCUACACUGUUUAAAAGUGCAACAGAUCAAAGUAUCAUGAUGACAAAUCCUAGCUAUCCAUCCCAUACCAGCAACAUAUCAGUUCCAGACACCUUAUCUAAUACUGCCCCAACACAACCUAUUAGUUCUUCAUCGAAAUUGAACACUUCACCAAUGACCAUGACUUCUCCCGGAACAACAUCUGAUGUCGGCAUUUCACCUACUGCUAGUCCUGCAUCUGAUUUUACAAUAAGCAUCAGCCCUAUACAUGAAUUUGUCCGUACACCAUCUAAAAGUUUUCCUACUACACCCAGCUUGCCAACAACCUUAUCUAAAAUGGUCAGUCAACAAACUAGAGUCCUACCUAAAACCACCACUUCACAAAUUACUAAAUCUGAAAGCAGCCAUCCAGGAAAAAACAGUGCUACACCAGCUGCAAGCCUUCCAUCUGAUAUCACAUUAGAUGCUGAUCUUCCAACUCAAACCAGCAUUAUAUCAGCUAAACACACUAAAUACAAAUUUACUGCUUCUGAAAAUAUUCCUAAAACCACAUUAUCAACAAGAACAUCUCUGUUUGUAACCAGAGUAUUAACAAAUGCUAGCCCCCUCACAAAAGAGAACAUUGCAUUAACUUCAUCUAAGGGUAACAUUCUGUCAUCUACCAGCUUAUUGCUUACACCUCCAGAACUGGUGAGUAUCUACAUAUUUGGAUAUAAUUUAUUCUAGCUUUAUACCUACCUGUCAUACUAUAAUAAAGCAUCUUACAAACCAGUAAAACCAUAUUCAUUGCUUCAUAUGCCUUGUAUUUCAGUAAGGUAUUUGGGCAUAUUUUGUUCACUUGAUGAUACUAGGAACUGAAAAUUAAGAGGUGGUUUGGGGAGCUAGCCAACCUAUCCGGUCUCUCCUGCUUAACUAUUUCUGGUAGCUAAAUACAACUCUUACAAUACAACAGCUUCUAUGGCUAUUUAGGUAUGAGAAAGAUUUCUGCAAAAUAUAGUGUUCUAGGAGGCACUAAUAUGGCUAAUCUAUAUAAAGUAAUACAUAGUAAAAUGCCAAAAUGCCUUUCCUUCUCCUUUAAGUUCAACACUAUUAAGGUCUAUGGGGAAAAAAUCGGAACUGAAUAAGGAGAAAAGUUUUUACCUUUUCAAAUUGAAUCUUGACCAUAAGUUUUUACAUUAUAAACCAUAAAAUAAUGUUUUUUCAUUGAUUUGAAUCUGGCCCACUCUAUGAUACCCCAUGCUUCAUAACCUAUACAAAAACUAACUGACAGUACUCAAAUGAAUGGGUGUAUCUCCACUUACUUAGGUGGGUAUAUCGGGAGAAGAUAAACUCGUUUGGCGAGUAUAUCGCAACAUGUAUGGCCACCUUAACACAAAAGGCCAGACAGUCACAGUUCUGGUAACAAGGUUUGCCUAGACUUUAGUUUAGCUUUUUCACAUAGAGGCAUUUACCAAGAGCGUAAAGUUAGUGCCUGCAAUAAUAAGUACUUUUUGAGUGGUUUUGGCAGGAAUAACAAACUGUAAAUAUUUCAGUGCACCUGAGUUAAAACUUUAAUACAGUGAUUUUCUUUCCAAUAGGUUGCACCAAUUCAAAGAGAUCAUUUCAAGAUAGACCAUGUAUUGGUGACUAAUAUUCAGAAUGAAUCAUUUACCUUGGAGCUUGCUAUCAAUUUUUCAGUACCUUUAACUGAAGAACUUAUUACAGCCUUUUCCCAUGCCUUAAAAACCAAUAACUCGAUGCAUGCAUUCUACAAUAUGUUGAUUUCCAGAAGUGAAUUCAAUGACAGUAACCAUACUCUGGGUGGCAUUUCAACUCACAAUCUUACUCCAAGCCACUUAGUUUCUUUAAUCAUGUUAUGUAUUUUCAUGGCCCUUACUAUUGCUCUACUAAUCAUCUUGGCAUUGAAACUUGGGCUCUUUAGUAAACUGAUUCAGGCCAAGUACUUUCUAAGCUUUCCAGAAGCAGGGUCGAGAGUUCCUUGUGUCGGGGAUAAUAUACCCACAUUUAUGUCCAGCUUUGAUGACACAAGGCAAUGAUCUCAACCGAAACACAACCCCAAAAUGAAGCAAAGCAAAAGAAAAUAUAUUGGACAUUUUGGGGUCUAUUUAUUUAAGUACGACAGGUACGAAUUACAAAAAAAUUGUAUUUGAUCGUACUGUGUGUAUUUUCUGCGAGUUCUACGUAU